AUGGACUACCCCCUGGCUGAGCCUCGGUGGCCUCCGGGCCUGGGAGUCAUGAAGACAGUAGAUGAUUUGCUGCGGUGUGGAAUUUGCUUUGACUAUUUCAACAUUGCAAUGAUUAUUCCUCAGUGUUCACAUAACUACUGUUCUCUCUGCAUAAGAAAAUUUCUGUCUUAUAAAACUCAAUGUCCAACUUGUUGUGUGGCAGUCACAGAGCCGGACCUGAAAAAUAACCGUAUAUUAGAUGAACUGGUAAAAAGCUUGAAUUUUGCACGGAAUCAUCUGUUGAAGUUUGCUUUAGAGUCACCACCCAUAUCUCCUGCCUCUUCCUCUUCAAAGAACCUUGCUGUCAAAGUACAUACUCCUGUAUCCUUCAGACAUUCUUUGAAGCAGGGAAGCAGGUUAAUGGACAGUUUCUUGAUCAGAGAAAUGGGUGGUUCUACAUCAGAGUUGAUGAUAAAAGAAAAUGAAAGCAAAUUCAGCCCUCAAAAAGAGGCAAGCACUGCUGCAGAGACCAAAGAGGCACGUUCUGUAGAGAAGAUGACUCCAGGCUCCUCAGAUGCUAGUUGUCCUGAGACACCCUCUACAUCUGCUUUGAAACAAGUUACUAAAGUGGAUUGUCCUGUUUGUGGGGUUAACAUUCCAGAAAAUCACAUUAAUAAGCACUUAGACAAUUGUUUAUCACGUGAAGAGAAGAAGGAAAGCCUCAGAAGUUCUGUUCACAAAAGGAAGCUGCUGCCCAAAACUGUAUAUAACUUGCUGUCUGAUCGUGAUUUAAAGAAAAAGCUAAAAGAACAUGGAUUAUCUGUUCAAGGAAAUAAGCAACAGCUCAUUAAAAGGCACCAAGAAUUUGUACACAUGUACAAUGCCCAGUGUGAUGCUUUGCAUCCUAAAUCAGCUGCUGAAAUAGUUCAAGAAAUUGAAAGUACGGAGAAGACUAGGAUGCGUCUUGAAGCUAGUAAACUCAAUGAAAAUGUAAUGGUUUUUACAAAGGAGCAAACAGAAGACGAAAUAGAUGAAAUUCAUAGUAAAUAUCGUAAAAAACAUCAGAAUGAAUUUCAGCUUCUGGUGGAUCAGGCCAAAAAAGGAUACAAAAAAACUGUUGGGAUGUCAAAAAAAACAGUAACAAGAAAAGAAGAUGAAUCUACAGAAAAGCUAUUAUCUGUAUGCAUGGGACAGGAAGAUAAUAAAAUGGAAUUCUCGGAUAUGACUUCAGUAACAAACCACCUUCCAAAGUUGAAGCUGUGUUCCCCAGAGAAAUUGGAGCCUGAUAAACCAGAUGAUUCUUCUAGUUGUACUGAUAUUCUAGAAGCUCUUUCUUCACCAGAAUCAGAUUCAUGCAAUAGUUCCAGUUCAGACAUCAUAAGAGAUCUUCUAGAAGAAGAGGAAGCCUGGGAAGCAUUACAUAAAAACGACCUUCAAGACACAGAAAUAAGUCAAAGACAGAAUCGCCGCACAAGAGCCCCUGAAAGUGCUGAGAUUGAACCAAGAAAUAAGCGUAAUAGGAAUUAGUGUGGACAUCUGCUGACUUGUCCAAUGCAGUGGUCAGAAUAUGGUACUUUUGUUGCCAUAUAUACUUUUCAUAUUUAUAAAUG